AUGCUUAAGGACAAGGUUAACUUUAACAUGGUGGUUAUUGGCCAGGUCGACUCUGGCAAGUCGACCAUAACUGGCAAGCUCAAGGCUGAGCAACAAGGUGCUAUCACCAUUGAUAUUGCUUUAAGGAAUUUUGAAACCGCCGAGCACCGAUUCAUCGGCACCGAUGCUCCUUGGCACUUCGACUUUAUUAGAAACAUAUUCAAUGUCACUUUGUAGGCUGAUUGUGUCCUUCUCAUUCUUGAUUCCACCUUCGGUGGAUUUGAAAUUGCUAUUCCAAAGGAUGGUCAGACUCGUGAGCUUGCAUUGCUUGCUUUUACUCUAGGUGUCAAGAAGAUUAUCUGUUGUUGCAACAAGAAGGUCAAAAUAUACAUUAUGGUUAUGGGUGCCAUUGAGAGGCUUGAGAAAGACGCUGCUGAGAUGAAAAAGACUUCGUUGAAGUAUGCUCGGGCACCUGACAAGCUCAAGGCUGUUCAGGGGAGUGGUAUCACCAUUGAUAAUGCCAUGCAGGUAUUGGAGACGGACAAGUACAAUUGCAUUCUCAUGAAUGCUCCUGGGCAUCCCAACUUUAAUGAGAACAUGAUUAAAGAAGCUUUACAGGCUGACUGUGCCAUUCUCAUUGUUGAUUCCACCGUCGGUAGUUUUAAAACUGGAACUUCCAGGAAUGGACAGACUUAUGAGCAUGCGUUUCUUGCUUGUAUCCUUGGUAUGAAGCAAAUUAUCUGUUGCGUUAACAAGAUGGAUGGAACCAAUCCCGAUUAGUCAAAGGAGAGGUACGAUGAAAUUCUAAAGUCAAUCUCUUCCUACUUGAAGAUGAAUGGCUACGACCUGGCCAAGAUCCCUUUUGUUCCCAUAUCAGGUUUGGAAGGGGACAACCUGAUUGAGAGGCCUCUAAACCUUCCUUGGUACAAGGGUCCAACUCUCCUUGAAGCACUUGACCAGAUUCAGGUGCCUAAGAUAGCCAUUGACAAGCCUUUCCGUCUCCCAGUUGAGUAUGUUAACAUGAUUGACCGCAAUGCUACCAUGGUAGCUAGUUGUGUGCAGACUGGAUCCCUCAAGCCUGGAACGAAGGUCAUUUUUGGCCCAAUAGGACUCAAAGGUAAGGUUAAAUAUAUUGACAUUGAUAAUAAGGCUGUUCAAGAGGCCUUGGCUGGUGAUAUUGUUCGUUGCAACCUGAAGAACAUACAAGCGAAGGAUCUAAAACCUGGGUAUGUUGCAUCCGAUUCUAAGGAUGAUCCCGCUAAAGAAGCUAUUAGUUUUAAAUCCAAGAUCAUUAUCACCGCCAACCACCUUGGGGGCAUAAUUUUUGAAGGAUAUGCACCAAUUAUUGAUUUCGGCAGCUAUCGUGGUGCUGUAAAGAUUGAGAAAUUCGUUUGCAAGAUUGACCCUACCACCGGCGAGGUUGAGGAAGGGCCUAAACUUUUGCAGAAUGGUGAUGCUGCGAUCGUGGAGAUGGUUCCCCAAACGCCUAUGGUUGUGGAACCUUUUGGAGAGUACGCACAGCUGGGAAGGUUUGUUAUCCGCAACAACAAACGUAUUGCGGGUGUUGGGGUUGUUGAAGGUGUGGAGAAGAAGGAAUAUCCUAAUAAUGAAGGUAAGAGCUUAAAGUCUGCUCUCAAGGAGGGAGGGAGGUAA